AACAUAAUAACAUGGGCAAAUAGGCAAUACUGCAAUAGGAGUCGACCGUAAUCGUUGUCACAAACAAUAUAAUAUAAAUUAUAGCACUGAAGGUAUUCGGAUACCGUGGUUUAAUCUUUUAUCUACGGUUUAAAUACACCCAUUGUAACCGUUAUCUGUCGCCUACCGCCGUUGUUGUCGAGGAUAAUAUUUCAUGCCGGCUGGGUAAACAAAAAUCAUAGCUAUAGUUGUUUCAUUGUUUGCCUGUUAGUUGUUCAGUCGUUUAAAUCCAAUCGUUGGCACUGGUUCUGUCGUCUCGUUCAUCGCUUGUAUUAUUUUUUUUAUUAAUAUAUUCGAAUACAUAUUCCGUGAGUAAGUAUACAGUAGAUAGGUGUAGGUACUUAACCUAUACCAAUAUUGUAAAUUAUAUAUUUUAUAGUAUUUGUUUAUACCUAUUAGCCACCUAACCGUUUUGCUAUUCAAUUUUAACAGUGAUAAUAUUAUGAACUGUUUUACUUUUUCAGUACCAUAAACCGUGAAAAUGUCGUACAAGCUCACGUAUUUCGAUGUCACUGCUUUGGCCGAACCCAUUAGAUUUCUCCUGUCUUAUUUGGAAAUCGAUUUUGAAGAUAAUCGUUUCCAACGCGAACAAUGGCCAUCAAUUAAACCAAGUAAGUUUCAAUGUUGGGCAAUAAGUUGGCCAGAAAUUCAACCGAAUUAUAUUAGUCAAAAUAUAGAUGAUGCUAUGAUAGGUAUUUGUUGAUUUGAUGGUGUUUUGCUCUCUCUGUUUUGUGCCCGUAUAAAAAACUGAUUAGUGGAUGGUUUGUCUUUGGCUGUAGGACAUUUAGUCUCUUAAAAUUAUUAAUCAUAGAACGUUUCGUCCCAUGGACCCCUUGAAAUAGUAAGCAAAAUGUAUUUUUUAUUUAUUCCAAAUCAAAUACAAGCAAGUAUGAAUUAUAUAUAUAAAUAACAAAAUAAAAAAACCUUACCUAGUUAUUUCAUAAUCAAAUUUGACUAUGUACAAUGUACAUGUCUAUUAUUAUUAUUAUUACAUGUCUAUAUCAGGUACCUAUCUAUUGUAGCCGAUACUUAAUAAUAAUAAUGUAUUUAGUAUUAUCACAAGAAGUUUUAAUGUAUUAAAUGUUAUUUACUAGUAAAUCUUAUGGGUAAUGAAAAACUAAUAUUUUUUUUUUUAACUCACUUUUAAGUAGAAGUUUCACUUUAUAUUGUUUAAGUAUUUAAAUUUGACAGAUGAUAACAAAUAAUAUCAGGGACCAAAUUUCCUGUUUUCAAUACUGUGGAGACGUUUAUCAUAUAAUGUGCCUUAUUAUGGAUUAGGUACUGUAGGAAUUUCAUUACCAUAUUAAGGAAGAUUAAAUAUUUAAGUAGGUACUAGUAAUUUGUACCUACCUGAAUAAAAUAUUAACUUCAAUAAUUUCAAAACAAUUUCAAAAUUUUAUCUUUUUUUUUUUAUAAAUCUUUAUAUGGGCAUUAAGUAGGUAAGUUUUUAAAAAUAUAUUUUUUCUUUCUUUUAAAAGUACGAUGGUACUACUUACUGAUAACAAUAACAUGUUACAACAUAUAACCUAAUACUCAAUUAAAUAUUUAAUGGCACUCAAGAUUUCACUAAUAAUUUUUUAUUUUAUUUUAUACAAUAUCAAGUUUAAAUGGUAUAAUUAUCAAGACUAUUAUCAUUUAAUUGCUUAUGUACUGUUUAAUAAGUUAUUUAUUUUAUUAUUAAUUAUCUCUGAUUAGAUGUUAAUUGACAAUUGUUUAUAUUUUUUUUUAUCAUAUAAUAUACCGCUAUAAGUAAUUAAGUGUUUAAUGUGCAUACAGUAUAAAUACUUAAAUAAUAAAAUAUUAUUAUCUUGGUUAUCUCAUACAAUUUUCUAGUUCGAAGGAGAAACUAAUCUUAAAUAGAAAAUAUAAAUCAAAUAAAAUAUUAUUUGUACAUUAGCUGAUCCCAUUUCUUUUCAACUAAAUAAUUGUAUACAAAUAAAAACAAAAAAAUGUUAAAUGCCUAUAAAUAGCUCAAACAUUUUACCACAUUUAGAAAAAGUAAUUAUUAGAAUUCUGUACAAUUUUAAUUCUACUGUAAAAUUUAUUAACUGAAUUAUAACUGAAAAAAGAAAAUCAAUAUUAUUCUAAACUUUUCCCGUUUUUUUGUGGUUUUUCACAAUUAUUAAGAAAACUACAAGGAACAAAGUUAUUUUAUAAAAAACUAGACAAAAUUUUAUUUCAAAAAGAUAACACUUCUGAAAUUGGGGACAAGAUUUCUGGUGGAAAAAAUAAUCAAAUAUUUGACGCUUUAAAUUUUUGUCCAUUUUUUUUUCGGUUUGUCCAAUUUAUUAUGAUCAGUGGGUGGAUCAAGUGAGGACAACAGGGUCAUUUGCUUCUCCUCCAAACACCGUAAUGGAGUAGUAUGUUUUGGUUCAUAAGAUCCUUAAAUUUACUAUAUUUUUAAUUUUGCCUCUUCCUAAAUUAAGCUCUGGGUCUGCCUGGUUAAUUUUUUAAAAAAAAGGUGUAUCAACUUUAAUUAACCAGUCCUCAAAAUAAAGUGAAAUAAACCAUCCAGAUUAACUCCUGUUGUAUCUAGAAUUUGGAGGCCCAUCCUUAAUCCAAGAAUCAUACAUAUGGGUUGUCUUAUACACAAUAUAUGGCGAAAGAAGUUACCCAGAUCCAGUGCAUGCAAACAUAACUGACAUUGAGUAUUUAAUAGAGUUCAUAAUUUUUUCGGGAUAAUUGCAUCCUUUUUUGAUUAUAAAUUUUAAUCGCCUCGAUUGAUGAGUUAGGGCAAUGGCUUAGAUUAGUUUCAUCAUAAUCAAUCAAAUUUUCAAGUUCAACUUCUUUUAUAGAUUUUUCAAGGUUAUUGAAAUAUAAAUGUAAAGUCUGAAGAAACUUGUUCUCCAGCUCGUUUAAUAUUUUGGCUAAGUCUUUGAAUUAACACAUCCUUUUAAUGUAUUAAAAAUGAUGGGCGAAGUCAUAACCAGGCAUGUUGUUUUAAAAUUGUUUUACUAUUUUUCUUUUCCUAUUAAAAUAAGAUUUAACAAUGCAUCUUAAAUCUAAGGUAGUUAACGGAUAUUUCCAAUUUGAACAUGUGACUUAUUGUUUGGUCAAUAUUUUUUUAACUUCAUCACUUAAAAUAGUUUGACCACCUUGUUUUUUAAUGUUUUUGCUUGGAUUUUCCUUAAAUUUUUUGUGUCUGUUCAAUACAGUUGUAGAAAUUCCAUGAUUUUUGGAACAAAUACAAAAAGUAAGUCCACUCUUCAAGUCUGUCUAAGCAGCUGCAAUUUGGGCAGUAGUGUAUAUUUUACUAUAGAACUUUUGAAGUUUUGUUCCCUGGUAAAUACGUGCCAUAUUUGAGACGAUUCUAAAAAUAGAAUAGUACCUAAUUAUAAUCUGUAAUAAAAUUUGUGUACACAACAUAGUUUAAAAUUAAUAAAUAAACACUGAACAUGAAAUCAAAGCAUGGUCUUAGAAGUUUUUUUUCUUAGUUCUUCUAAGAUCGUCAAUUAAAUUAACAAAUCUAAACAACAUUUGGAACACAACAAUAUAAGUCCAAUCCUUAUCGGUAGAUUAUCUGUGAUAACAGAGUAAUUAUAAAUAUCUUUUUCUGAUUUUGUUCCUAUUGCACCUUCAUUUCCUAUACACCUCAUUUUAUGGUACUAAAUAAAGAUCACAUAUUUAUUGAAAAAUAUAGUUGUACUUUUUCAAUAUUCAUAACUUUGUGAAAAUACUAGUUACACUACUGAUUAUUAUAAUAAUUGUAUAUUCUGCUGCCAUACAAAAAAAAAAAAACAUAAUUCCAAAAUUCAAACUUUCAGAAAAAUAUGAUUUUAGUUCUGUACUUAUAAAGUGUAAAGUGCAGCAUUUUAUAUGUUUUUAAUAUUUAUAACUAAAAUAUACUUUUUAAUAUUUUAAUAAUUUUACAUUGUGUAUUUGGUACAAAUAUCUAUCUUAUCUAAAAUAUGAGCUCUAUUAACAUGCAUAAUGUGGAUAAAUCUACCUUGAAGUGGUUAUUUAUUUUUAUGUAUAAAUAAUUUUAAAUUGUUUAUAUUUAUUUUAGCCAUGCCUUUUGGUAAAGUCCCAGUGUUGGAAAUUGAUGGAAAAGUAGUAAAUCAAUCUACAGCAAUAACUCGUUAUUUGUCCAAAAAAGCUGGACUAGCUGGUGAUGAUGAAUGGGAAUCUUUGUUGAUAGAUAUUGCUGUUGAUAAUAUUCAUGAUUUAAGACAAGGUAAAUAAAAAAUUACAUAUCUUUUGUUUAAAAACACUAUAAAUUAACUAAUAUGUAUUUUAUUCUUAUAGCUCUAGCUUCUUAUUCAUACGAUACGAAUGAAGAAUCCAAAGCUGCCAAAUACGGACCUUUGAUCAACGAAACUAUUCCAUUUUACAUGGAUAAAUUUGAAAAUAUUAUUGGUGAAAAUAAUGGCUACUUUGUAAAUGGAAAGGUAAUCCAAUAUUCAUAACUUUUAAAAUCCAUUUAGCACUUUUUGGUGCUUAUGAAAAAGUAAAUAAAAUCAGUCUAUAUAACAAUUGCAUUCUAAAAAUCCUGUUUUGAGAUGAUGUAGACCUUCAUUUGUCUAUCUAAAACUGGUGUAUUGUUAUUUGUUAUCAGUUUUUAUCUUUUAUUUAAAACAAUUAAAAUUAAUUUCGAAAAAUCAUUUACGAAUGAUAGAUCAAAGUUACUACCAGAAAUCUUCGUUGAUGUUUUUAUUGAGCAAGUUUUCUUGUUAAACUGUAAACGGAUAGGAAACAAAAAAUUCAACACGUCACUGUUAAAUCAAUCUAAAAGUUAGUUGGUUAAUUUAACACAAAAUUAAUAUUAUUUUCAGUUGUCCUGGGCUGAUUUAUUCUUUGUAGCUGUUUUGGACUACUUGAACUAUAUGGCAAAGAUCGACUUAUUAGAAGGUCGUCCAAAACUACAAGCACUGAAGGAGACAGUAGUUGCCUUACCUCAAAUCAAAGCGUGGAUUGAAAAACGUCCUAAAACAGAUCUUUAAAUAUAUAUAUUUAUAUAUAAAAAAACAAUUUUAUUUUUAACUUAACAGUAUUUAAAAACUUCAUUAUGAUGAAUUGAAUUUCUUUUAAUUUUAUAACAACAAUAAUGUAUGCAUUAUUUUUAUUCAAUAUAACAUAAACAUUAUAUCCAUAUAUAUAUAAAUAUAUUAAUCAUAUUCAUUUUUGUGUGAUAAUAAAGCAUAUUUGAAAAGUUAAUGGCUAACUCAUUAAGUAUUAUUUGAUUGAGUGGCAUAAGCUGGACUUCUUUUGUUUACAUCAAAGGUGUGCAACCCACAACUCACUUAGCGGCUUUAUACUUUCAGUAAUAGCAAUGUACAAUUUGUAUACAAAUAAUGUACACUACGAUAUCUUUGUUAAAAUUAUUGAACAAAAAUAGGUACAUAUACAUUGUACACAUCAACAUUUAAUUUAUCAUCCAUAAUAAUUGUACUAAAUGAAAUAUGACUAAGUAUUACGAAAUUAUUUUUAUAGUAAGUUGUAUUUAUCUUGUUCUGUGAGUGAUAUUUUAGAUUCUGAGUAAUGCGAAGAAGCUUAUGGUUUUAUAAUGACGUUUAUUUAUUUUUUUCGGUGGACAACUUUGCUACCAGCAAUCUGAUUUUCAAUGAUAGCACUUCAUCUGAAAGAAAAUUGGACUGGGGAGGUACUUUAAGGAGUUAAUUUUUUAAUUUUCUCAAUGAAUCGAAAAAAAACCGAGAAAAUGGGAAAUUAGGUACAAUAUUAAACAAAUAUUAUUAAAAAUAAAUGUUUA